GAGGCUCGCAGCACUGAUUGGCCUAGGUGCAGUGUCGGUCAUUCUCUGCCCGGGUCGGGGCUCGGCGGAAGGUUCGGUUGCGCUGCAGGCAGCCGGGAAGAAGCGCCGAGGCGGCGGCGGUGGAGGAAGAGGAGGAGAAGGAGGAAGGAAACAAAUCACUGGCUGCGUCCAAGAAAGCAGCGCUCUUGGUGCUGGAGAGCGGGCAUUUGCCACCCACCGGACGGGGAUACUUCAAGAGCAGAGGAAGAAAAGGUUUCCAAGAUGCACCUGGCUGGCCACUGCGUGAGGCAGCAUGCUGGACUCAGUGUGCCGUGUCCUGAUCCAGCAGGGCUCUUCUUAUGUCCCUUACAUUCUAGGUGCUGGCUGGGCCUAGAUCCGAUGGCACACGAUGUCGACCACUAACAACAUCGCCCAGGCCCGGAAGCUGGUUGAGCAGCUGCGCAUUGAGGCUGGAAUUGAGAGGAUAAAGGUUUCUAAAGCAUCGUCUGAGCUCAUGAAUUACUGCGAGCAACAGGCCCGGAACGACCCGCUGCUGGUUGGCGUCCCUGCCUCGGAGAACCCCUUCAAGGACAAGAAGCCUUGCACCAUCCUAUAGCCUGGCCCCCUGGCCACAUGCCUGCCCUCUGCCAGGCAGGGCCCUGGCCUGCGUGGAGUUAACAGCCGCCUCACGCCAAACUUGACCGCCGCCCAGAGGCUGAGCUCUGAGGCUGAGCCAGUUCUGGCAAAAGUUCUCUUCAAAAUCCACAAAUCUUAGGUUCGGCUCUGCUCCUAAAGGGGAGUCACAUUUUAAAAAAAUUAAGUUGGGGGCCAGGUUAGUUGUGGGGAGGAGGGGGGAAGAGGUGUGGGGCAUGUCCUUUGGAUACAACACUGGCAGCCAAAGAGGCUCCGGGCAGGUCGUCCCGGCUUUUAGCGGGAGGGAGGAGCCCGGGGUGGGGGCUGGGGAGGCGGGUCUGUGUCUUUUAUGGUAUAGAGCCAACGUUUGCAGAGAACCAAAUCCAGAGCUAGUGCCACGUUGGGAAAAGUCAUACUCGGAGGUAUAAUUGCUAGAAGAAAAUCACGAUGCCUCCUGCUCUUCAUCCCCAAACGUGCCCCAUAGCGUGGGGGCCUUGUGUAGCCCUGCAGGGGCAAAAGUUGUGCCAUGGCCAGAGGGGCGAGGGGGGUGCCCAGCAAGCUGAUCUGUAGCAGCAUGGCGGAGAGGACUCCAUGGGGGGAGGCUGAGGCAGCGAAGAGGCCAUUUUUUCCUUUGGGCAACCUCAUCUUUUCAGAAAUUCCUUCUCCAGGUCCUGCUGUAUCGACCGACCCGCCCGCUUCCCCAUUAGGCCUGCAGACCCGCCCGCUUCCGCGUCUCCCCUGACUGACGGAUGGUGCCCUUAUCCUGUCCUGCCCCACUCUCACUGCCCCCCCAGCCCCUUGCCCAGCUGGGCCAUGCCUCCCCUGCAGGAGCCCAUCUCCUGCGACGGCCUCCAACGCUCCACUCCAUGAUUUGUGGGGAGAGCGUGCGGCUAGCAACAGGGCCCUCGGGCAACCGUUAGAAAUGCAGCCCUCCCUUCCCAUGGAAGGUUGGUGACGCGCCCUGCAGUCCGAGAAGACCCACAGGCCCCCGCUAGGAAGGGGAGCCGGGGACGGGGGUUGGCGGGCCAUCCAGGUGGGGCUGCCAAUGAGGCCGGCUGCUUCUUGCUAGAGGCACAGCUGGCUUCUGGAGGCCCACCCGCCGCCCCCGUCAGGGCAACAGGCUUCCGCCCCGCCCCGCCCCGUGUUGGCGAGGGAAAGGGUCCGGCAUGAUUCCUUGCCCUUUGGACCACACCCCUGUUGACCCGUCGGCCCAGCGUCCAGCAGCCCCUGCGGUGGACCAAGUGAAUGCCUUCACGUGUCCAAGCUGGGAGAGGAACUGAGUGCAGGGAUGCCUCAAGGGGCCCCUCCGCUCAGCUCUGGUGGGAGAUCCUGGAGAGAUGCAAAUGUGGCAGACGGGGCUGGGGGGGGCACUCCCACAUUUUGGCCGAAUCUGUGUCCCAAAUAAACAGCUGCGGAGGAGAAAGCUGGCAGAAUCCUCCCCAGAGAGCAGGGCCGUUCUCCAUACCCUUCUCCACAGAAAUGGAUCUCGAGGGGACGUGCCUGUCUAGGUCUCUGACUUGGCAAGGCAGAGCCAGCAGAAGGCGCCCCCAGCCUAGGUGGCCUGCUGGAGCGGGGAGCAGUCAGGAAGGGGCAUUCACAGAACCAUCCCGAGUCGGGCUGAAGGCAGGAGUGGGCGAGACCCCAGGGCCCUCUUCCCAGGAGGCUUCAGCAGGCACAGGCAGCUGAGUGAGGAGGGGGAUUUCCCCGCAUCCCCAUCCCCAUCCCCAGGAUGUUGAGAGUGUCAUCAAGCCAUCUGCCUCUUCCACCCAUCUAGGCCAAAGAUGGACCAAAGCACCCCCUCCGAGCUGCUGUUUUAGCGGUCCUCGGCUCGGCUCGGCUCGCCAGCCUUUCUUCUCCGCCCUCUUGGUGGGUGCGGCUCUUUGUCCCGGACUGGGAGCUUUGUCCCCAGCUGAAUCAGUCCCCGGAUCCCCCCUUCCCCUCAAUCUUUACAUUGAUGCAACAAGAGUUGCUCUCCAUCUGGCUGCAGGUGCCCCCUCUCCCUUUUCGAUUCUGUGAGUCCUCCUGGGGUCUUGCUGGGCCUUCUCCAGAGCAGAACCCUCCCCUUCAGACCAGCAAGCCAGGCCUGUUUCCCACUCCCCUGGUUCUGCGCUCCAAAGGGAGGCGCUUGCGCGCUCUCUCUCUCUCAUCCCAGCCUUAACCCCUCCUCUGACAUGCACGGUGCUACCACAAGAGCUGGACAGUCCAUGAACCCCGGGCCACUCCUGCCCCUCUGGCUGCUCCAUCCUUGGUGCCACGUUGACUCUGCUCUGGCCCCGAGAGGAGGCCGCAGCAGCCUUUGCCCUUCCGCAGCUCUUCCCAGCUCUUCUGUCUGCUGUGUCACAUGAUGCGGCAGCAGCCACAUGGGCUUCCCUGUCCAUGUCUGGCCCCUCGCAGCAUUGCAGGCCCACAAGCCCCACAGCCGCCCUCCUCCCCUGCCCCCAGAACAGGCUGGAAGCCCUGUCAGUGGACGUGAGCGGGGCAGAUCUGGGUCAGGGGGAGAAGGAACAGGGCAGGGCGUGUGCCGGAUUUCCCUCUUCUGCACAGUGGUGAAAGAAGAGCCAUGUUCCCUGUUAUGUAACGGGGAUUCCCAGUUGUUGACUACAACUCCCAGCAUCCCCAGCUGCAGUGCCCUUUGGCUGGGGAUUGGGGGAGCUGGAGUCAGCAAAAUCUGGGGAUCCCUCUUACAGGGAACACUGACUGGGUCAGGGGGAGAAGGAACGGGGGGGGGGUCUCUCUCUUCUGGACUUGCUGGGAGGCGAUUCAGGAGUGUCAUUUGUGCCAAAUGAUCCCUAGUGUGCCUCCUUCGGGACGGCCGCCCCUUGGCCGGGCUGUGCAGAACACUCUGGGGGGGACGCAGGAGGAAAGUGACGCGGAUUCUGCUUGCUGCAGCGUGAGAUGCUGACGAAGCGAAGGGCCCCUUCUCUGCCCAACAGCUGCUUGGCCAGGCAGGCAGAACCGCAGGCUUCCUGGGACUCCACUGUCCGGUGCUUGUGCCAAGGCAGCCAGCCCAUUUCCUGCCCGGCACCAGAAAGGUCUGAGAAAAUGGACUCUCUGGUGGGCUGGAGUGGAGGGAGAAGAGGGUGGCAGGCACCCUGUGCUCGGGCUGCACAUCUUUGGCCCCCCAGCUGUCGCUGGACUACAACUCCCAUACACCCCGACUAUUGGCCACCAUGGCUGGGGAUGAUGGGGAUUGUAGUCCCACAACAGCUGGAGGGCCAGAGUCCUGCAGCCCUGCCCUGAGCCGAGGCAGACCGACGUGCCGAGAAGGCAGGCAGGCAGGCGGAGAGGGCAGCCGUGUCAUUGCAGCGUAGGAAUGCAAGUGUGUGUGGGAGGGGACGAUGGGGGAGCAGAAGUUAAAUCCCCCUCCCUCCCCCCAGUCCUCAACUCUCUCUUUCUCUCUUCAUUUUUUAAUUCUUUCUCUUUCUAUGAACUAAAUGCGUGACUGUAACUUGUAGAUGUUUUUUGUAUAGGAUAAAUAUAAGUGCAACUUUAACAUUAGCCGCUUGUCCUCCUCCAUGCAUUUGUCCUCCCCAAAAGAAAGCAAAGCACCCUUCCUGGACUCUUGCAAAGUGCUUUGUGCAGGAGAAGAGCCCCGGGAGGGGUCCGGUCCAGGGAAGGCCUGCCAGAAGGGGCUGCCCUGCCUUGCACGCCUGGCCUCCACCCUCAGGCCUGGGCGUGCACAUGCUCUCCUCUCGGCCUGGACUUCCUCCAGCCUGGGGGGGGCAUCAGCUGUUUCCCCAAACCUUGCUUAGAAGGCUGACUUAGAAGGGAGAGGAAAGGCGCUGGGCUAGUCUCUCCCUCCCUCAGAACAAGGUUGCAGGCCCGUCGCCUACCUAAAUGUUUAGGGGGAACUGCCAAAAAAAGGGGGGGGGCAGCUUGUCUGGCCCCUUCAGUCCUAAGUGCAAGCAACAUUCAGUUAUUUAAAAUGUAUUUGUUUUUAACAAAAAGUGGAGGGGGGCGGAUUUAAGGGGCAUCAGGCCCACCCUAGCCUAUGGCUAUGAGUCAGGCAGGGUGCACUUGUAUGUGGCCCCAGCCCUUUCCCCAAGUCCCCGUCAGCCUGGCACAGCAUCUGCUGCUGCCUUUCUGGUUCCAGCCGACUUGCAGCCUCAGGACAGCACCAGGGAGUGAGAGGGGAUCUGGUCAGCGGGGGUCAGAGAAGUGGCACCUGCCAGAAGUCCCUCUUCGGCCUGCCUCCCUUGGCAUCCGGCCACUCAGUUUGUUUAACUUGCUCCGGGGGCUUUUCGUUCUCCGUUGGCGCUGUUCUCUCACAAGGAGAAGAGGACCCGUCUCCUUCCCCUACAGGUGCAAGCAAGGAAGGCGGAGCUGAGCCAGGCUCCUCCCAUGCCUGAGUACCCCAGGUGGAUGCCUGCAGCAGGGCUUUCUGGGAAGGCGCAGGGCUUCCACAGGCUCCGCCCAGCACAGGUGCCAACUCCAACACUCUCUUUGCCAAACUCUGUUUUAAAGGAGUUCCUUUCCAAGGUUGACUUCUUUUUAAAAAAAAAUUAUUUAGCCAGGUUAAAAAUGCAUCGAUUCAUGCUUUUUUUAAAACAAAGAGAAACGCCAGCCACAUGGGGUAUUUUGUGCUUUUGAUUUAUCUCUCUCUCUAGUUUAUUGUUCUCACUUGCCAAAUUCUGAUAUUGUUGCCAAAAGCAAACUCAAGGUUUGUAAAGAUUGUAUUUUAGGAAAGUAAAAUCCGUGUCCGUAAUGUAGGCUUGAUCAUCUUUUCUCUCUAGUUUCUGUUUUUCUUUUUUUAUUCUUCUUUUGGAAUUUCUCCAUUUUUUCCAGUGUGCCAUAGACCAAUUUCUUGCACAGUGUUUAAUAUUUUGUGGAAUUGCUGUUUAAAAAAAAGUGAAUUGAUAAUGCAAUGAAUUAAAAACUCACUUUUGCUGGA